UUAAGUUGCCGUUUGGUUAUGUCUUGUUGAUAAUAGUAUUUAGGCUUAACAUGUCGACAGGCAGUUCUGCCAGUGGUUAUGUCGCUGUUAACGGAGCGUUGAGUUAUCAAGGUGCCGACGUUGAGUACGAAUGUUCCAUUUGUCCAGAACACAAGAAAGGAAAGGCUACGCACUAUUGUGGAAAAUGUGGUCAAAAUUAUUGUGAUGAAUGCAUUUCCCUUCAUAAGAAACUCCACAAAGACCACAGGGUUCAAAACGAAAGCCAACAGCAUCUUUGGGGACCAGAGAUUACCGACACUGAUCAAACGUCUUAUGGUAGUUACAUUUCAACGCCAACAGACAAAGUGCACAGUACAAGGAGAAAAGAAGUGCAACGACACCAAAACCACGCAAGCAGAACUCAGCGUAGACGUAGGCAUGGAUCCUACGACACCGAAGAUAAUACGUCUAGUGCGAGUAAUUUAUUCAAAAUGGGCACGAUGGAAUCAAAGGAAAAGACGUGUCAGUGGUUAAACGAGAACUGCGACGUCAAACCGCCCUCUGACAAACGAACAAUCAACCGUGUAAUCCAUUGUAAACAUUAUAAAGAAGUCAAUAUUUACAAGGACAGCCAAUACCCAAAACAGAAGAACAUUCCUCCAGUGCGCGAAAGGAGAAGGGAUGAUGUUUUUGUACAGGAACAAGAGCAGGCAAGUCUUCGCGAUGUUAAUACACCGAGUGACGUUUCUUCAUUGGGACAAUCUAGUGAAAUGGGCAACGACGACAAGAUCUCUGAAGUUACUAAUGCUUGUACUAGUAUUAAAACUCCGACACCAUUACCUAAGAAAGGAAACGAACACUUGAUAAUAAACCCUGAGGUCAACCCAUGCCAUAUAACAGGUGUAUGCGUGUUACCUGAAGGCAGCCUUAUCCUUGUUGACCAGGAAAACUUCAGAGUUAAGCAGUUUGACCAACAUUUAAAUUAUGUCUCUUACUACCUGUUUUACGAGCAUCCAUGGGACGUUUGCGCGGUGGAACAUUCUGAAAUGGCUAUAACGGUGUAUCAACCUAGGGUCAGGCAGGAGAUUUACGUGAUGUCAGUGAGUGGUCGACGAAUUCGUGAGAAAAAGGUCAUUAGAGCGAAGCACAACCAUUGCAGGGGCAUUGCCUACCACGAUAAGAAGUUGUAUGUUGGCCAUGUUCGCAUAGUAAGCAUAUAUUCUAUGGCGUCAGGAGAGGUACUUAAUGAUAUAUUUGUCGACACUGCACCUCGAGGCUUUACUGUGCGAGGUCUUGCGUUAAGUCUAGAUGGAGAAAUGCUUUAUGUUACGGACUUUCAAUCAAGUAGUUUAAUUACGUUUGAGAAGAGCAAACGUUACGUGACCUACAACAAUCUCAGUACCAGAUUGAUUGUGUCACCAAGCGGUGUUUGUGUGUCCAGGUCUGGUGGCCGUGUGUUUGUAUGUGACAGCUUCACCCACGCAAUCCUGGAAGUUGAUAGACAAGGAAAGCGUGUGAAAGGAACAGUAGGCUCUGCUGUCGAUCCUAGGGCAAUUUGGUUUGAUGAGCGAAACAAUCGGCUCUUAGUGGGACAGAAAAAUAACAAUGUUUUAAUCAUUUAUCUAUAGUGAUUUAGUAUACCAAAACAAUGUUUUGUUUAUAACUGUUAUUACUACUUAAUUAUCUUAACUCAGGAAACGGUACGAUUGUGAUACAUGGCAUCUUAUUUUAUAGAUGUUGACGUAUUAACAACUGAGUUAAAAUAACUAACUGUAGUUUAAGGGUACAAUGUGAAGCCCAUUUGUAAGAGCCAGACCUUUUAACAACUAGAUCAUUAUUACAUCACUCAACCUUAUAAUACAUGUUUGUAUGGACCCAUCAUCCCAAGUACAAAAGUGCAAUGUACUCUCAAUGAAGGACUCGGAUCGUUUAGAUAUACUUAUAAACUAAAAAAUCAAUCUGAACUAUGAAGACACCAAAUAAGGUCUCCCUCAUGUUAUUCAAGUGGAGACAAAUUGUUUUCACGCGAAUGUCUUUCCGUCCGUCCGUCCGUCCGUCGGAUGUUUCGAGACGACCUCAAGACCCACAUCCUAUACGAACUGGCUCAAGGUCAGAGUUCAAGGUCAAAUAUUCGGGCCAUAGAUUUCUGUCCGCUUCAUAUGUCCGCUUGAAAUAUCGUUAUGAAACUCGGGUUAAAAGUUCACCUAGUAGAAACAAAGUGAAUAACCCACAUUACAGGUGUGCAGGUUUAAGGCCAAGGUCACUGUUUAAGGUUAAAUAUGCGAGCAAUAUAUUUGAUGUCGGCUCAAUAUCUUCUAAACCCCUCAAAGGAUUUUCAUGAAACUUGAGUAUAAUGUUCAUCGCAUUGAGACAACGUGCAUUACCCACAUUGUGUAUACUUUCGUGUACUCUCUGUAUGGCCGUUGAACGAUUUUCAUGAAACUCGGGUCAAAUAUUUACAUAUAUUCAAUGCCAAGGUCACUGCUCAAGGUCAAGUUUGAUGCACUGAGUUUGUGUCCGCUACUUUCCAUAACAAAUGAAAAAUUCCUUUCAACUGUAUAAAAAUAAUACAAUAAGCAUGAUUUACUCAAAUUAAUAAAAAAAAAACAACAACAACAUAAUCUUUGGUUUGUUUCACAAUGGUUAUUCAGUGCACCUUGAAUUAAAACUGUCUGCCUGUGAUAGUGUUGUAUCCGCUUCAGUGAUGUUCAUUACACAUGUGUCCAAUGUUCACUUCAUAUAAAAACACCCACACUCCACUUAAUAUCUUCCAAGGACAAUGUCGUGGAACAGAAUGAGACAAGUGUGGGAGGGAUUUCUUAUUUAACAUUCAUGUACACUGCAUGCGGCUGAUCGAUUAAAAAUGGCGGCUUGAACGUAUUUUUUGAGGGGAGAAGUGUUGCUGCUUCCUUGAUAUCACACGAAUAUGAAUAAAAUGGUAUAAUAUAUGUACAUAAUGAGCAACUGUAGCCAAUAGACUAUUUUCAGUACAAAUAUCUGCAAAUAAAUCCACAAACAUUACGUUGAAAAUAUUCUUCUAA